AGAUUUCAAACGAAUAGUUUUGGAAGAACUAUCUUUAAUCAAUAUUAAAUUAAAUCACAUUAUGAAAACGGCUACGGCUGUAGCCACAAAGCAAAGCGAAGGAGACAGUGACAAAACCGUAACUAAAAACAUUGAAAUUUUCUACGAAAAUAUCCCUAUCAAAACAGUUGAACAACUAGAAGAGAUAGAACGGUGGCUGGAUAAUAAAGAAAACUGUAUGGCAGUUGUAAGAGAACUAAGUAGAAUUGGUGGAAUCAACUUGGGCCAAACGGUCAGAAAAAUUUUAUACAGGGUAUUGUCAAACGAAAUGGCCAAUACGUUCUCUUGGGAUGGGAUGAAGCAGAAAAAUGCUUUUAAAAAUCUGAACUCAGCAAGAGCCAUAUUGGAAGCUGUAAAAAUGUGUUACCCUUUGAGUAAAGAGAUCGAUAUAAUUUUGGUGAUAAAAUCAUGGCUGGUUAAGGCCAAAGAAAGGCUGAAAAUGAAGGAUGGAAAGGAACAUGAAGAAGCUCGAGAAGAAGUAAUAAACGAAUGAACGAAAAUAAACAUUUUAUGAUAAUACAUUUUGAAUAAUACUGAAUGAACUACCUGUUACACAAAAACAGAUAAAUUUUAUAAAGCCAUUUGCUAUCAAUCAUCCCCUAAUUGUCCUAAUCCUUAAUACCUAGUAGUUUAGAAAGCAAAAUACCCACUUGGUUAAUAUUUCGUGGUAAAAUGCAGGUACAAUUGAAAAAUAUUGUAAUGUUUACAAAAUAAUGAUAAAUA